CAAGCUGAUCCAAGGCCUGAUUUUUUUUUGCUUGGCACGUUUGAUCACGAUCAAGCUGAUCACGAUUGAAUAGAAAAGCUGUCAGAUAUCAGCCUGAACCACCUGCUCCAGCGCCAGAGACGCAACUGAUUGUGGAGUUAUGUGGUACUGAUGUGGAUACAUUCCUCGCCCCUCCAAAAAAUCUGAUGACUAACUCGUUCACCCCCCACACCAAAGGGAUUGCACCUGCCUCCUGCUUAUAGACGGAUACGUAUUUAGUCUUUAUUUAUCAGUAUCAACAGUGAGGUUGUGAAGAUGAUGGAGCUACCGCUGGAUGAAGUGGUGUACCAGGACGACUAUGGAUCCGUGUCGGUGAUGUCGGAGCGGGUAUCGGGCCUGGCAAACAGCAUCUACCGCGAGUUCGAGCGCCUGAUCCACAGCUACGACGAGGAGGUGGUGAAGGAGUUGAUGCCCCUGGUGGUUAACGUGCUGGAGAACCUGGAUGCCGUGCUCACGGAGAACCAGGAGCAUGAGGUGGAGCUGGAACUGCUCAAGGAGGACAACGAGCAGCUCAUCACCCAGUACGAGCGUGAGAAGUCGCUGCGCAAACAGGCCGAGGAGAAAUUCAUAGAGUUUGAGGAUGCUUUGGAAGCAGAGAAGAAGGAUCUCCAGACACAAUUGGAGUCUUUGGAACUGCAUGGAAAACAACAGGAACUGAAGACCAAAAACUAUGUUGACCAGAUCACUCGUUUGGAAGAACGUGAGUCAGAAAUGAAGAAGGAGUACAACGCUCUUCACCAGCGGCACACAGAGAUGAUUCAGACCUAUGUUGAGCACAUUGAACGAACCAAAUUGCAACAAACAGGAAGCAACCAGUCAGAUACCACCGGCAGUGGAAGAACUCAUCGCAACACCUGGAGGAAAAGUAAAGCGGAACGACCCCCAUCACUGAGCCUCUAUUCCACCGGAGAUGCUAUGGUACGUGGGGGUCACGGGGGGGUUAGAACGACAUCGACAGACGCCUGGCAUGCCAGCGAUCUUGGUCGAGCCGUCUACGCCCCUGGCUUUCAGGAGGAUGGCUCAGAGUCAGACUCGGUCGUGGCCACGCCCAGCAGCACAGGGAGCAAAUCGAACACCCCCACCUCAUCUGUUCCCUCAGCGACAGUCACCCCUCUCAACGAGGUUCCCCCCGGGGAGUACAACAUGUGCCGGGGACGAAGCCGCAAAAAUGCUAAGAGGCUCAGCCGGAAUAUGGAGGUGCAGGUGUCCCAGGAGACCAGGAACGUCAGCAUUGGUAUGGGAAGCAGUGAUGAAUGGCCAGAGUUUCAGGAGAUCAUAGAUUCUACACCAGAGUUAGACAUGUGCAUGGAUCCUCGCAUCUAUGGAGGAGGGAACAGUCCGUCUCAGGGCAUAGUGAAUGAGGCAUUUGGUAUCAACACAGACUCGCUCUACCACGAGAUCAAAGAUGCCAAGUCUGACAUCAUUGGUGAUGUUGACGCUGGGGCAGAGCUGCUCGGGAUGGGAAAAGAGGUGGAGAAUCUACUCACAGAGAACAAACAGCUCCUGGAGACCAAGAAUGCUCUGAACAUUGUAAAGAACGACCUAAUUGCAAAAGUGGACGAGCUGUCGGGAGAGCAGGAGGUUCUGAAAGAGGAACUGGAUGCGGUUAAACAGUCCAAGAACAAAGUGGACUCCAGAGUAAAGGAGCUAGAGGAGGAACUGAAAAGGCUAAGAGCAGAAGCACUUGGAGCAUCUCAGGACUCCAAGGAUGAAGGAGGAGAGGAUUAUACGUCCUCGCUGCAGGACGACGGGACCAUGACGCAGCGGCGCAGGUUUACACGGAUUGAGAUGGCACGUGUACUGAUGGAGCGCAACCAGUACAAAGAGCGACUGAUGGAGCUGCAGGAAGCCGUCCGCUGGACGGAGAUGAUUCGAGCUUCCAGAGAGAAUCCUCAAAUCCAAGAGAAGAAGAAAUCGACCAUCUGGCAGUUCUUUGCACGUCUCUUCAGCACCUCCUCAAGUCCUCCUCCAGUGAAGCGGCCAUACACCAGCGUCAACAUCCACUACAGGUCACCCUCUCCUGCAGGCUUCAACCAGAGACGUCAAAACAUGAUGUGUCAGAUUUCCACCGACAACCGUACACUGGAGUUCUUCCCUGAGGAACUGCCCAGUAAUGGUGUUGCAUCUCUUCUUAGCGAACCGGUGCUCUCGGCCCGUAGGGAGCAGCGACGUGAACAGUACCGGCAGGUACGCGAGCACAUGCGCAGGGAUGAUGGCCUCAUGCAGGCCUGUGGCUGGAGCGUACCAUCCCGCCUCAAAAAGACGGGUUCCCAAGUGGACAUCACUCAGGACGCCGCAGGAAAGAGGCCGCAGACUAACGAGAAAGAAGACAACCGCAUGAAGAAUGUCCCUGUUCCAGUUUACUGCCGCCCGCUGGUGGAGAAGGACCCCAACAGAAAGCUGUGGUGUGCUGCUGGCGUGGACUUGACUGGAUGGAGGACAUCAAAUCAAGACCCAGGAGUAAACCUACCUGCCAACGGGACAGAUCCUCUAACCGGAGAGGAAGGAGAAGAAAAGAAGAGUGAACGUAGCUCUCCUGAAAAGAAGAAGCCAAAGGAGCUGCAUGAAACAGACUCUAUGAGUAGCCGUGUGUGGAUCCUGACCAGCACUCACUCAGCCAGUAAGGUGGUCAUCAUCGACGCUAAUCAGCCCUGCUCACUGGUGGAUCAGUUUAAUGUGUGUAAUGCUCACGUGCUCUGCAUCUCCAGUGUUCCAGCGGCCAGCGAGACCGAUUACCCAGCAGGCGAGAUCUUUCUGGAGCAGCAGCAUGGCGAGGGUGGAUCAGAUGAGACUGGUAAAGUAGAAGGCAUGCUGGCUGGCAUCACGCUGGUGGGCUGUGCAACCAACUGCAGUGUAGUGCGCAGUAACUGCUCCUCACGCACAGACACCCCAGUGAUGGAUAAAGGACAGGCUCCCACAGCUCCUGUUUGUAGCCGGCUGGCAGUCUCUCAGUCAGCAGAGGAGGCCACUGAAGCCAUGGAGGUACCGGAGGAGACAGGAACAACCGAAGUGGGAGUGGGUGCUUCUACCUCCGGGAUUUUUACUGAACAUGUCUUUACAGAUAAUACACACAGUGAGGGAGGUGGUCCCAAAGAAGAAGUCAAAUCAGCACCUGUAAAUUCAGAAGAGGGAGGUGAUGAUCGUUCUGGAACCAGUGCUGCACCCACUAUGUGGCUGGGGGCUCAGAACGGCUGGCUGUAUGUACAUUCUGCUGUGGCAAACUGGAAGAAAUGCCUCCACUCCAUCAAACUAAAAGAUUCAGUGCUCAGCUUAGUGCAUGUUAAAGGAAGGGUGUUAGUGGCACUGGCAGAUGGAACGCUCGCUAUUUUCCACAGAGCAGAAGACGGCCAGUGGGAUCUGUCUAACUAUCAUCUGAUGGACCUGGGUCGACCCCAUCACUCUAUUCGCUGCAUGGCCGUGGUGCAUGACAAGGUCUGGUGUGGCUACAAGAACAAAAUCCAUGUCAUUCAGCCAAAGAGCAUGCAGAUCGAGAAAUCUUUUGAUGCCCACCCACGCAGGGAAAGCCAGGUCAGGCAGCUGGCCUGGAUUGGAGAUGGAGUGUGGGUAUCCAUCCGUUUGGACUCUACACUGCGGUUAUAUCACGCGCUUACACACCAGCACCUGCAGGAUGUGGACAUUGAGCCCUAUGUUAGCAAGAUGCUGGGUACUGGGAAGUUGGGCUUCUCGUUUGUUAGGAUAACAGCUCUGCUGAUUGGAGGUAACCGGUUAUGGGUGGGAACAGGAAAUGGAGUGAUCAUCUCUAUCCCUCUGACAGAAACUGUAGUUCUGCACCGGGGACAGCUUCUCGGAUUAAGGGCCAAUAAAGUGUCACCGACGUCGUCAGGAGGCGUGAUCCAUGUGUACGCCGAUGACGGAAACUCGGACAAAGGCAACGGCAGCUUCAUCCCAUACUGCUCCAUGGCUCAGGCUCAGCUGUGCUUCCACGGGCACCGAGACGCUGUCAAAUUUUUCGUAUCUGUGCCAGGAAACGUGUUGGCAACCCUGAACGGCAGUGUGCUGGACAGUCCGUCAGAGUCGCAGGGUUCCUCAGCUGCAGCUGAGACAGAAGCACAGAGUGUUGAGAACGUGUUGGUGCUCAGUGGAGGGGAGGGUUACAUUGACUUCCGCAUAGGUGAUGGUGAAGAUGAUGAGACAGAGGAAGCAGAUAGUGAAGCCCCCCAGAACAAGCCUACGCUGGACAAGGCCGAAAAGAGCCAUAUCAUUGUUUGGCAGGUGUCUUAUGUCCCCGAGUGAUGCAAUUACACACUCCAUGCCUGCAUUUCCCACACUGUAAGACCAGCCGUGAAUAUUCUCUAUAAGAAACCUUGUGUAUUCUCAACAAUGCCCCUACAAUUCUGUAUGUAAGCGCUGUAACUACCCCAUAAGGCCUGUAUUUCCCCAUCCCAAAAUUGUAACUAUGACCUGUAUGUUUGCUGAUUUGCCCCUUGAUCGUCUUUCUCUCUAAAAGAAACACUUAAGUACAGCUCCUGCAUCUUACAAAUGAAGCAUCCGGACAAAUGACUUGUGUAUAAGCCUUCAGUACAACUACCCUUUCCCCAAAACGUUUUGCCAAAUGCAUAAACAUGAUAAUGCUUUAUUCUUAACAAUCCGCCAGCUCACAGCUCACUCAUCGUCAUGGAAAAUGGCAGCUUGGGGUUAUUAAUUCGAAGGAUUUGAAGAGUUGCAGCUUGUUGGUUUGUACAAUUCUGUCCGAGUUGUGUUUAUAAUAGAGUAAAAGCACAGCUUGAGAGACAAAUCCCAAAUAACAUGUACAAAGGUGUAAAUACUGAAGUCCAUUAUGUACAUCUCGGAAUCAGAUUAGAGAGGGAUUAAUGGCAUGGAAGCACGAUUUAAAGACUUGAAACAUGUUGUCAUGGAUGUGUGAGGUCAAUUCAGGGUAUACAUGAAGGUUAAAGAUAUUAUUUGUAUUGACCAAGUGAGCUGUGAGCUGGUUUUACCCCACCUGAGUGAAUCGCAUACAAGUCGAGGCCUGUUGAGCUGCUGGUUGGAGUAACAGUUGAUGGAACGUCCUACCCAGUCAUAUGUACGUAACAGUAUCUUCUCCUGUGUGGUUAAAUAUUAAAUAUUAAACUUAUUUGUGCUCUGAUGAAA